GUUUAUUCGCUGUAAUGGGACGUGUUUAAGAUAUUUUUUUUUUAUUCUAAUUAAUUUUGUUUUCUGUGUCUGAAGCCGUACUUUCAGAGACUUAAUGAAGAUAAUUUCAGAUUCAAGAUGACUGUAACAGAAGUACGAUAUAGACAUCAGAAUGGGAAACAUGUUGAUACCCAGGACAUACCGGAGGCAACCAAACGCUGGGACCCAUUCCUGGACGGCAUCAGAUGGAUUGAGAACUACUCCGUGUCUUUGGAGAAAUUAUUCGCUAAAUUCCCAGACGCGUUCAACACAUUCGUUUGCACAUUGGCCAUGUUCACGUUUGGGGCGAUUUUGAGGGGAGAAUGGGUCAUAAUCUUAGUGGCUGCUUUAAAACAAGCUACGGGUCAGACACAAAGCGGUAGAAAUUCCACUACCGAGGAGAUCUACCAGCUUUUCACGUUGGAGAAGCUCAAGAUGGAGAACUUCUUCACAAUCUUCUUCGUGUCUCAAAUCGUGUCGUUCAGCAUGUACUUUCUAGUUGGAGGUUUUUUGCAUUGGUAUUAUUACAUAAACAAACGACAUUUAGCCCACGAGUGGAAGAUUCAGCCGACCAAAUGGUUGACCCCUGAGCUUGAGCGUCACGAGAUUAAACUAGGUUCUUUAUCGCUCUUCGUCGUCGGCAGCUUCUCAGCCUUCCUCGCCACCUACAUCUUCAAUGGGAACCCUUCCACUGUGUACUUUCAGAUCGAGGAAUAUGGAUGGCUCUGGUUUAUCUUGCAGUUCCCUGUUAUUUUUAUUUACAUGGACUACACAACGUACAUCCUCCACCGCAUGUACCACACCCCAUUCCUGUACAGGCACUUCCACAAGCACCACCACAAGUACAAGCAGCCCACUGUAUUCUCGGUGACAGCCAUGCAUCCUCUGGAGUUAUUGCACAUUCAAGCUACUGUGAUACUGCCAUUGUUUUUGUUCCCUGUGCAUUGGAUCGCAUUCUACUCCAUCGCCCUCUACAACUAUACCCACGGAAUUCUGGACCACUCCGGCAUCAACUUCACCGCUCAGUGGUGGCAGCCUUGGCAACCUGACUCCGACUUCCACGACAAACAUCACGAGUUCUUCCACUGCAACUUUGGGUUCAAUAUGACACUGUGGGAUAAGUUACACGGCACAUGCAGAAAACAAAAUCACUUGUAUACAGAAGAUACAUAUCACGGUGAAGCUAAGCCCAUAGACUCGGCUGAAGUCCAAGCUAUCAUCAAAACCAAUCCAGAACUUAAAGAUAUCGUCCAGGAUAUCAUUAAAGCUGACAUACAAGGACUCAAUUGACUGUUAGUUAAAUAAAAAUGCGAGAUACUGGGUGUUAA